UCAGUGUGCAGGCUUUCCUGGGAAGAGAGGACAGCCAUCUCUCACUGAAGCCGCUUGCGGCCAGGUGAGAAGAACCUCUCCAUGGCUACUGCAGCUGUAGUGGGCGUGUCCAGGUUCCUCUGGCCCCUACACUCCCCAGCCAAAGUGUGGAAUGCAGCAAACUGUGCACUUUCCCCUCACUUCCUGAUGAAGGGGAACAGCCAGCAGUGCCCCCGUAUACAUGGGAAGGGUGAAGCUUGAGGGCCCCAUGCCUUCCCUAAUCCUUGUUGGGGCAGGUCCAGGUUUGUCUGCCCUCCUACAUUCCCCAGUCAGAAUGAUUAAUGCAACAAAGUAUGCAUUUUGCCCUAGCUCCCUGGUGAAGGGGAACAGCCAGCAGUGUUCCCGUAUGGAUUGGGUCGAGGGAGCGCUCCCUACCCUCCCUCCCCCAUUCCGAAAGGGUGCCUGGAGGGUGGUAGGCUCAGGACUGGGUAAGUCCCACACAAGGGAGGGGAGGUGUAGGGGGCACGCUUUCUUCCAGCCCCUUUCACCUUCCUGGUGAUUCUGUCUUUCGGUAUAGUUUUAUGAAAAGAAAUUCCAUUUCAGGUACAUCUCAUUCUCAUAAUACAACCAAACCCUGACCUUGCUUUAAGUUAGGAUAAGAGGAAUCUGCAUACCAAAUACAGUGGUCCUAACUCUUUCGGGUUAGGAGGAGUUCUUGAGCAGACAAACACACAAAAUCUCUCAAAUAUAUAGUAGAUAGAGUUUAAUGAGUUAAGAAUUAUUCCUCCGUUAUUUAAGUCUAUAAGAUAAUUGCUAUAUACAGAUAGCACAAAGUCAAGGAGAGAAAGAUUUCUAGUGACUGUUUUAGCUUUGAGAAAAGAGGUAAAGAAAUAGUUCAUUUUGCAAUUUUAAUUUUACAUUAUUUUUUUCUAUAAGGCCAAAGUUUCUAAGCUGUCAUUUGCAUGUGGACAAUAGUUCUGGACAGUCCCCUUUGUUUGCUUAUAGAUGCAAAAUUUGUGCAUGUGCAACAUUUGCAUACCCUGCUUAGGAACUCAUGUUUGAGGAUGUCACUUUUCCAGUUCCAGUGACAUGAGCAAAUUGCACAAUGAUGAUUCUUUGUUAUAAUGAGGUGAUGCUUUAGAUGAGCAAGGUGUUAGCUGUUUGUCAAAAUGAGAACAUGUCUCACGUCCUUCAAUUUUGUAACGAAGUCUGACUUUGUUUUCAUGUGGUUUGAAAGUUGUUUAGUUUUAUGUAGGUCAUUUAAAUCCAUUUUUUGGGGGAUAGUUUUUCCCUUAGGGAGGUUACUGGGUUUAUGUGACAGAACUGUUAACCACGCUUGAUUUUUUCCAUGCCUUGUGACUAAGGGAAAGCUUGCACUGGAUGAGCUCAGCUUUCUAUGCCAUUCAUUAGUGUUAUGUAUUGUAAAAGCUGCCCUUUCAAUGAAUAAGACCCGUUCCUUUGGUACCUACACUUAUCUGUGCAAAUGUUGUGAUGGAGCUUUGAGAACAAGGUCUUUGAGGUCUCAUGGGGUCUUGCAGCAGCCAGAACAUGCAGAAAGCAGGAAAUGCGAGAAAGGUGGUGCUACAAAAUAUUUUAGAAACAGAAAAUGAAUAUGCUAAGGAACUACAGACAAUGCUUUCAAACUACCUGCGACCAUUACAAGUCAGUGAAAAAUUAAGCUCUGCAAAUACUUCAUAUUUAAUGGGAAACCUGGAAGAAAUCAGUUCUUACCAGCAAAUGCUUGUACAGUCAUUAGAAGAAUGCACCAAAUUGCCUGAAACUCAGCAAAGGGUCGGAGGAUGCUUUCUAAAUUUGAUGUCACAGAUGAAAAAUUUGUACCUUGCAUAUUGUGCCAACCACCCAUCAGCAGUAAAUGUUCUCACAGAACACAGUGAAGAACUAGGCGAAUUCAUGGAAAUGAAAGGUGCCAACAGUCCUGGGAUCCUUGUAUUGACCACUGGCCUCAGCAAACCUUUUAUGCGCCUGGAUAAAUACCCCACGUUACUCAAAGAGCUUGAAAGGCACAUGGAGGAUUAUCAUCCAGAUCGACCAGACAUUCAGAAAUCCAUGACAGCCUUCAAAAAUCUUUCCGCACAGUGUCAAGAAGUACGGAAAAGAAAAGAACUUGAACUCCAAAUACUGACGGAAGCCAUCCGCUGCUGGGAGGGAGAGGACAUUAAAACCCUUGGCAAUGUAAUUUACAUGUCCCAAGUCAUGAUUCAGUGUGCUGGAAGUGAGGAAAAGAAUGAAAGAUAUCUUCUUCUCUUCCCUAAUAUUUUGCUUAUGUUGUCUGCCAGCCCUAGGAUGAGUGGGUUUAUCUAUCAGGGAAAACUGCCAAUGACAGGAAUGACCAUCACAAAACUAGAAGACAGUGAAAGUCACAAAAAUUCAUUUGAAAUAGCAGGAAAUAUGAUUGAGCGGAUAUUAGUAUCAUGUAACAACCAACAGGAUUUACAUGAAUGGGUGGAUCAUCUGCAGAAGCAAACCAAAGUUACAACUGUUGGGAAUCCCACUAUUAAACCUCAUUCUGUGCCAUCUCACACUCUUCCUUCUCAUUCAGUAACACCAUCCAGCAAACAUUCAGACAGCAAACCAAUAACACUAACUCCUGCAUACCACACACUUCCACAUCCUUCACAUCAUGGGACUCCACAUACCACUAUAAACUGGGGACCUCUGGAACCUCCUAAAACUCCCAAACCUUGGAGCUUGAGCUGUUUACGACCUGCACCUCCACUACGGCCUUCAGCAGCUCUGUGUUAUAAAGAGGAUCUCAGUAAAAGCCCUAAAACCAUGAAAAAGUUGCUUCCUAAGCGCAAGCCUGAACGGAAGCCAUCAGAUGAAGAGUUUGCACUGAGAAAAAGUACAGCUGCAUUGGAAGAAGAUGCCCAGAUUCUUAAGGUGAUUGAAGCAUACUGCACAAGUGCCAAAACACGCCAAACGCUAAAUUCAACAUGGCAAGGCACUGAUCUGAUGCAUAAUCACGUCUUGGCUGAUGAUGACCAAUCAAGUCUAGACUCCUUGGGUCGUCGCAGUAGCCUUUCUCGUUUGGAGCCUUCAGACCUCUCAGAAGACUCUGACUAUGACAGUAUAUGGACAGCCCAUAGUUACAGAAUGGGGUCUACAUCUCGUUCCCGUAAAGAGUCUGCUCCCCAAGUGCUGCUUCCAGAGGAAGAGAAAAUUAUUGUAGAAGAAACAAAGAGUAAUGGCCAGACUGUGAUUGAAGAAAAAAGCCUUGUUGACACGGUAUAUGCAUUAAAGGAUGAAGUACAGGAAUUAAGACAGGACAACAAAAAGAUGAAGAAAUCUUUAGAAGAAGAGCAAAGAGCUCGCAAGGACCUUGAAAAGCUUGUUAGGAAAGUGUUAAAGAAUAUGAAUGAUCCUUCUUGGGAUGAAACCAAUUUAUAACUAAUAUACCAUUGUUUGUUUCUUUCUAUUGAAAGACCAGUUGUCAAACCAAGCUGGGCAGCCUUCUGACUAGUCAGUGUUGCACCAAGAGCACUACAAAACAGGAUUUAACUGGAUCUAAUGAUUUUUCUUGCUUGUAAUGUAUACAAACAAGUCAAACCUUUCACUGAAGCAAUCAAUAAGUGUGUGGAGACCAUGGAUCCUGAACUUUACAAAAGUUAAUUUGUUUUCAUCCAAAUUACCUCAUUUUGCAGAAUGUGCAGCAGCUGACUAAAAAAGUCCAUGUUUUUCAGUGGCUUUUUAAUUAAAUAUAUAUAUUUUUCAUGUAAAUAUUUGUAAUUUUGAAUGCCUAUGUGAUUGAUGUAUCAGGGCUGAUACGUUAUACUGUACUUCCCCCGCCCCCAUUAUAUUGUCACAAGUUUUAGAAAUAACAGUACACUCUCACCUCAGACAGAUCAGAGUUCUUUGAUGGAGUGUUUGGAUCAUUUGUAGGUUUGUUUCAAAUUAUCCUACUCGUAUCACAUGCACAAAUCUACAAAAUUUAUUUUUUCUGAUUGACCAAUAUAUUUAAAUCAUUUAAUUAACAUUAUUUAUGUCUGUGCAAACAUUUAAACACAGUUUUAAAUGCUUUUGAAAACAGUAUUAAAUCAAAAGAGAUACAAUAAAUUGUGGAUUGACGCCAUUUUUUGUUUCAUUUCUAAUGCCCCCAUAAUUGAUAUUUAUUUACACAUAUUUGGAGCACUAAUAUGCAACACUAUUUUGACCAAUUAAAGACUGAUGUACUUGCUUUUUUUUUUUUUAAUGACUGUGAUUUUUAGGUGUUUAUGUACAUUUUCUGUUGUCGUGCAUGUACUUUAACAUACACUGGCUGAUAAUGUAAUGGAACAUACAUGCCGUUUUGUCAAAGCAAAAAAAAAAAAAGGGCCUAA